AGGGUUUUGAAGCAAGGUUUCUCGCGAUUUUCUCGAGUAUCGCCCAUGGCGAAACCAAGUCGUGGCCGUCGCUCCCCUUCCGUGUCUGGCUCAUCAUCUCGUUCCAGUUCCAGAUCUCGUUCCCGCUCCGGUUCUAGUCCCUCCAGGUCUCUUUCCCGCUCCCGCUCCCCUUCUAGAUCGCUCUCUUCAUCCUCAUCUCCUUCCCGGAGCGUCAGUUCUGGGAGUCGCAGCCCUCCUCCUCGUGGAAAGAGUCCUGCUGGACCUGCUAGGCGAGGUCGCUCUCCUCCUCCUUCACAAUCUAAAGGAGCAUCUUCACCUUCUAAGAAAGCUGUUCAAGAAUCUCUUGUUCUUUAUGUUGAUUCUCUUAGCAGGAAUGUGAAUGAAGGCCAUCUCAAAGAAAUAUUUGGCAACUUUGGUGAAGUUAUACACGUCGAAAUUGCAAUAGAUCGAUCUGUUAAUCUUCCAAAAGGACAUGCUUAUGUUGAGUUCAAGGCAAGAGCUGAUGCUGAGAAAGCGCAGCUGUUCAUGGAUGGUGGCCAAAUUGAUGGAAAGGUUGUUAAAGCAACGUUCACACUACCGCCUCGUCAGAAAGUAUCUUCACCCCCUAAACCUGUCUCAACUGCACCAAAAAGAGAUGCUCCAAAAUCUGAUAAUGCUGGUGCUGACACUGAGAAAGAUGGGCCCAGGCGCCCAAGAGAGACAUCUCCUCAACGGAAAACAGGACUUUCUCCGAGAAGGCGAUCACCUCUACCUAGGAGAGGCUUAUCACCUAGGAGAUUUCCUGAUUCUCCCCAUCGCCGGAGGCCGGGCUCUCCUAUCCGUCGUCGCGGUGAUACACCUCCCAGGCGUAGGCCAGCAUCACCAUCUAGAGGCCGUUCUCCAUCUUCUCCGCCUCCAAGACGAAACAGAUCUCCUCCAAGGGGGUCCCCUAGAAGAAUCCGUGGCAGUCCUGUUCGAAGACGGUCUCCUCCUCCUCUAAGACGAAGGUCUCCACCUCCAAGGAGACUACGCAGUCCUCCCAGAAGAUCUCCAAUCCGCAGGCGUAGCCGAUCCCCAAUUCGUAGGCCUGGUCGUUCUCGUUCAAGGUCCAUCUCACCCCGCAGGGGACGAGGUCCAGCUGGGAGACGUGGGAGGUCAUCUUCUUACUCUAGUUCGCCAAGUCCCAGAAGGAUUCCUAGGAAGGUUUCAAGGAGCCGCAGUCCUAGGAGGCCACUGAGAGGAAAAAGAAGCAGCAGUAACAGCAGCAGCAGCAGUUCACCGCCACCACCACCUCCACCUCGCAAAACAUAAGAUGAUAAAAAGUGUUCAAAAAAAAAAACUUGAGUCUUCAUGUAGCUCUCUUUCUCCAUCCUUAUCUUUAUCAUCUGUCUCGGCCUCUUUUCUUAUAACAGAUAAAAUGUUUACCAGUGA